AUGACAACACGGGCGCCAACCUUAAAUCUGACGGUAUCACAACUAAUCCAUCCCCGCCACCGUCACUACCACCCCCACUACGAUACCACCACGACUUCCGACAUCACAUCUGAAAACCAAUCCCUUCUCCAAACACCACUGCCACCAAACGCCAUGUCAAACGAAGACCUAACAGACGAAAUCUCCGCCUUGAACUCAAUCUACACACCAGAGACCAUCAUCCCGUGCUCAACAGCCACGGCCCUCAAAACCUACACCCUAACCCUCCCCACCCAAAUCCCACGAAAACUAACCCUCUCCUUCCCGAACACGUACCCGAGCGGCCCGCCGACAAUUCACGGGACCAGUAACAUCGUUGGCGCCGCUGACUUCGCGCGAGACGUGCUCGGGCGGGUAUUCCGUCCGGGUGAGGUGUGUUUGUACGAUUUUGUAGAGGGGUUGGUGGAGGCGCUGCAAGCGCAGGGGGGCGUAGCAGCAGCGCCGGUUGAAGAAGAGGUGGCGGUGGCGGUGGAGGGGGGAGAGGGAAGGGGAGAGCAGGAGGAGAAAGGCUCAUGGACAAUCGCGCCUCCAUUGACAGAGAAAAAAUCCGUCUUCAUCGCAAGAGCCAUACACGUUUCCUCCCCUGAUCAGGCGAAGACGUACCUUCGCCGUUUGCUGACUGAUAAGAAAAUUGUGAAGGCUACGCAUAACAUUUCUGCGUACCGUGUUAAGGAUCCCCGCAGGAAUGUAGCCUACCAGGAUAACGACGACGACGGGGAGGCGGCGGCGGGGGGGAGGUUGGCGCACUUAUUGCAGGUGAUGGAUGUUUGGGAUGUACUGGUUGUUGUGUCGAGGUGGUAUGGUGGGAUUAAGCUUGGGCCUGAUCGGUUUCGGUGUAUUAAUGCGGUGGCUAGAGAGGCUCUGGUGCUCGGGGGGUGGGUGAAGGAGGAGGGAAAGAAGGUGGGGAAGGGUGGGAAGGGGAAGGGGAAGAGUUAGGACCUGUGGGGUGGUGGUGGCGGUGGUGUGUAUGCGGUUUAGAAUAAUUUAGAGUUACCAGAGCCCCCGUGAGAGUAUGUGAAAGCAGAGGUGUAUUUGUUAAUAUGGGG